AGGAUCAGCUGUUUCACUGUCAUUUUCGUGCGGAGAGCAGAUAACUAGAGUGCUCCAUUGUUUACAUUUUCUGGCUUCGUGAUUAAACAAAACUAAUAAACAAAAUGUUGAUUUAAAAUAUAGUUAUAAUAUUCUGAUUGGUUCAAAUCACUUACCGGGUGCAACAUGUUUUUGUUUUGGAACCGAUCAUCGGCGCGUAAUACGAAUUCAACAGCCCAACGGACACGGGCUGCCCUUGGUGAAGAUUUCGCUCGAAAAUUAGACGCGCUGCAUGAUGACGCCCUUCGGACCGGCUUGGUAACAACUUCGGAUCUGCAAGAAGCCUAUAGAAAAUCACGCGAGGCUGACCUCAAUCCCAAUAAAAUUAAUUUAUGGUAUGUGCUGGGAAUACUGACCUUCAUCAUGGUAUUAACGCCAUUAUUCUAUGAAGUGAUUACUUUCCUGUUGGGAGUACGUUGCUUUCUGCCCAAUAAUUAUAUUGUUUCAGAAGCAACACGUCCAAUAAGCGACUGUGGUUUUUGCAAAGACGUUUCAGGUCCAAAAAUUUUACAAAAUUUGACGCGAGAAAAAUUUGCACCAUAUGCCUAUUCCUCACAGCCGAUUAUAAUAAAAAAUGCAGUAGCACACUGGAAAGCUAAAACGGUGCUCAACUUUGAAUACCUUAAGGACUUGUAUGAACGCAUACCUGGUGCGGUGGAUGAACUAUGCCCCUUUCUGCAGUUUCGCUCUGAUUUCAAAUCUUUACGUGAUGUCUUUUCCAUGUCUAAAGCGCGCUCUAAUUUAAGUAACGGACAAGCGCCAUGGUAUGUUGGCUGGAGUAAUUGCCACCCAAUCGUUUUGGAAGAACUUCGCAAACUAUACCCACGUCCACAUUUUUUACCUAUCGACGCUGAAAUGCCAAAUACGGAUUAUAUAUUUAUCGGAUACGAGCAGGGCGAUUUCAUGCAUUUAGAUUAUAUUCCACGCCUCGUAUGGCAAGCUCAACUUCAGGGCAACAAGAGCUGGAUUGUAGCACCGACGCCAGAAUGUGAUCAUGUUUGCCAGUCAUUUUCUUUUUACGUAGAGCCAGGUGAUGCAGUGUUGGUCGAUACAAGAAUUUGGUAUCAUGGCAGUUCCAUCCCAAACAAAGGGCAAUUUGGAAUCACCAUUCAAUCAGAAUAUGGCUAGAUAUUAUUGAUAUGAAUUCGUAUUAACUUCAUUUACCUUUAAAAUCAUUU